GGAAAGUUAAAGAUUCAUUCUUAGGAAUCAAAAUUGUUUUUUUAUUAAUAUAUUAAUAUUUAAUACCAAAACACACACCAAAAAGUUAAAAAGCUGACCAAAAAGAAUUGUAUGUUGCUUCUUGCUGAAACAAUGGAUUGGAAUGACCAAAAAAGCUUAACAUUACCUCUUCAAGCAACCAAUCUCAAUGCUACAAUUACCACUCUCCCUAACAAAGAAGAAACCAAAUAGAAAGAGCUUCUUCAAUGGUGAAAGAGAUUGUGGAAAACCUCUGGAAUGGUGAUAGUGAAGCUCAAAUUCAAGCAGCAAUGAAACUUAGUAGAUUGUGCAAUAAGCAAAAGCACAAUUUAGCAGAAAGUGGAGUUAUGGUUCCUCUGGUUUCCAUGCUUCAUUCUGAAAACUGUGAAACCAUAGAAGCUGCUCUUUAUGCUCUUCUUAGCCUCUCCUUUGGCAGUGAAAGAAACAAGAUUCAAAUCGUCAGGUAUGGAGCAUUGCCAAUUUUGCUGAAUCUCCUCCAUUGUGAAAGCCAGACAAUGGUACAAUUGUCCAUAGCAGCCAUGUUAACACUUUCUUCUUGCAAAUCAAAUAAGGUAGCAAUAGCUUCCUCUGGUGCCAUUCAAUUUUUGGUUGAAUUUAUCAAUAGUAGUAGUAGUAGCAGCACUCACACUGAAUCUCAACUAGAUGUUAUAGCUACUCUCCAUAACCUCACAACCUGCCAAGAGAUUAUUCCAUUGGUUGUAUCUUCAGGUGUUAUACUCUCAUUACUUGAACUUACCCACAACUCAGUAAAAUUAUCUCCAUUGGUUGAAAAAGCAGUAGGGUUGCUAGAAAAUAUUGUUUCUUCAUCAGAGGGUGGACUUUGUGAGGUUGCUAAUACUAGCGGAGCGAUUCGGAUAAUGGUUGAGACUAUUGAAGAUGGAUCUUCACUAGGCAAAGAGCAUGCAGUUGGUAUACUUCUCCUUAUAUGUCGAAGUUGUAGAGAAAAAUAUAGAGUACUGAUUUUGACAGAGGGAGUGAUGCCAGGAUUGCUUCAGUUAAGUGUCGAUGGAACGCGGAGAGCCAAAUCCAUGGCUAGAGAAUUGUUGUUGCUUCUAAGAGACUGCUCUAGUUAUAGCUCGAGACAGAAACAAAUUAACCGUGAGCUUGUAGAACAGAUAAUGGAAGAAAUUGAUGCAGGAGAGAAAUUGGCUGAUACCACUUUGAGAUUGGUAGAGGAAAUGAUUGCAAAGCUCAAUACAUAAUCUUUCAAGUAAAUAAGGUUUCUGAAAUAGGUUAAGUUCAUAAUUUAUUCAUGUAUCUCUUGGUUCUUUCUAAUUUUUUUAGAAUUAAUUAUGUUUUUGAUAAUGAUGACUUCUAGUUUAGGACUCAACUAUAAGGAAGGUAUUGAAGUGAGACAAUGUAGAAUUGUUAAAAUUUCUAAGUACAUAAGAUUGGUUCAGAAUCUUCUGGUUUGAUUCAUGUUAGAUUUUGAUGAUGUCAUUUGACUGCAUUGUUGUUUACAAACAUUAAAAUGCUUGAAACUAAUAAGAAUUUUAGAUUUGAUGUUAA